GCCCCGGGUUCGUUAGCUCAGCGAAUUUAGCGAAUUAUUAGCGAAUUCUUGGUGAAUUUAUGGACGUUUGAGCCACAGUCAUGCCUCCCAAGAACAGGAAGGUGGCCGUUAUGGGAUACAGAAGCGUGGGCAAAUCCUCCUUGUGUAUCCAAUUUGUUGACGGACAGUUUGUGGACAGUUAUGCCCCAACCAUCGAGAACACCUUCACAAAGAAUCUGAGAGUGAGAGGGCAGGAGUAUGGCCUGGAGCUGGUAGACACAGCUGGGGCCGGAUAUGUUCCCAUUGUCUUGGUUGGUAACAAAACAGACCUUCACAUGGAAAUGUUGUACCAAAUCAAGGACCAAAAAUUUCGAAUUGGGAAGGCUGUUUUCCUGGAGACAAGUGCCAAGCAACAUGAGGCUGUAAAUGAUAUCUUCACACGUGUCAUUCUGGAGAUUGAGAAGGCUGACGGCAACAUCAGUCCCGAGGGAAAAUGCAGAGUAUCAUGAAGAUCCUGGUUUAUAGGAUGGACCUUUUGAAACAUCUUUUCCACAAUUAAUUCAUCAAAAUUAUAUAAGAGUUAAAUUUGAAUAGC